AUGCCGGAUUUUGUACGACCUGAGGCGAACGGCUCGAUCAUCCCUCCUCCACAACAUACACCUUCUUGGAGCUCAACUGCAGGACCAUCGUCCUCGUCCCCGCAUGCCAGAAGGUGUUUACCUCCAACUCCUAAUGAAAGCCGAACUCCGCCUCCAGUUGCUUUACCGGAUAUUUUAAUAAGAACAAAAUCGCCAAGGCCGAGAAUACAGCCAUCAUGGGUGAAGGAGAAAGUGAUGUCAUCAAUGUCUGUAGACGAUGAUGACAGAAGUUCAUCUGAAAGCGAAUUCGCUCAAUCCGGUGUUAUUAGACGUAACCAUAAGGCGACAAUGGCAUCACGACGUGAAGAAAAUCUUGCUCGAUUCGCUCUUCAUGCUACACACAUUAGCGAUAGUGAAGAAGACUCAUCACCAGAAUCUCGAGCAUCAACGCGUUCCACAUCACCACGUCUGGUGCAAUCGGAUCAUUCGAAUCCACAACAAGCGCUGACCCUCUCAGUCUCAUCAUUGGCACCAUUUUCGUCAAGUACAACUACAAGUGAUGCACCUCCAGUGAGAAGAAUUAGUCAAACGGACUUCCCAAUUGAGCAUCGAGUGGAGCAAUCAGCAUCAAGAGGAUCCUUAACGUUGGCGACACCUCCUCCAAUCCCUCCUCGAGUGAGUCCCGUACCAGUGGAAUCAAGAGCGAGUCCUGCUCCAUCCGUCGAUGCAAUGUCCAGAAAAAUCAGCAUA